AUGGUACGAGCAGGCAAACGCCAAAACACCCAACCCUUGGAGGAGACCUCAGUGGCCCCCGCAACCUUCACAGAUGGCCUCCCACUCCCCAAACUGAUCGCAUUCGACCUGGACUACACACUAUGGCCAUUCUGGGUCGACACGCACGUCAGUGCUCCCGUCAAGGCGCGCGACAACAACUCCCGCAUCGUGGACCGGUGGGGUGAAUCAUUCGCCUUCUACCCAGCCGUGUCUUCAAUUAUAUACGCCUGCAAAAGCCGUGAAAUCCCCAUGGCCCUGGCCUCACGAACACAUACCCCCGACCUAGCGCGCGACUUGCUCAAAGCCCUGCACGUCAUCCCCACCUUCUCGGACAACCCUGGUACAAACACCAAGACGAGUCGUGCGCUGGAAUACUUUGAUUUUAUCCAGAUUUUCCCGGCCAACAAGACACAGCAUUUCUCGCGGAUCCAACAGGCUAGUGGGUUUGAGUAUGAGGAUAUGCUGUUCUUUGAUGAUGAGGCGCGGAAUCGCAAUGUGGAGACGGAGUUAGGGGUUACUUUUUGCUUGGUUCGCGAUGGGAUGACCCGCGAAGAAGUUGAUCGGGGGGUUUUGGCGUGGAGGAAAAGAAAUGGGAUUAAGCAGAAGCUUGCUGAUGAAGAGGAGCCGUGA